ACCACUCCUGGGCUGCUAAAGCCAAAACGCCAACCUGAUUCAGACACGACCUUGUCUUUCAGAUUAAAUGAAGCAUGCGGCCAAGUUGAUUCACAUUUAAUGAUCCAACAUGUUUCAGCAGAGGAGCUACAACCGAGGCAUGUGUUCAUAUUAGUCUCACUGCGAAGAACGAGAGCUUUCAUUGUGGUCUCCUGCAUUUGCUGUUCCUCGGUUUUUUGUUGUCUGUGAUCAGAAAAAAAAAACGUGGAGUUACACAACGAUACUGUCUGUACUUGCAGGCAACCAGCAGUUUACAGGGCCCAGAGAGAAAUGCAGACAGAGAAGCACUUCGAAGCAUUCUUGGAAAGAAACCUGCCUUCCACCUUGCGUGGAGAACUACAAACCCCUCAACAGAACAGACGGCUACAUUGCAGAUUCUCCUGGGGAAGGUUCAGGAAGUUCGUACGCAAGAUGUUCCCUAUCCUGAAUUGGCUUUUUUCGUAUCAGUUCAGAGAAUGGAUCUUGAGGGACCUGCAUGCAGGCCUAAAUGUUGGGAUGUUUCAGAUUCCUCAAGGGCUGUUAGGAAUUUGGCUGACCAGGUUACCUCUGCCAAUGGUCAAUUGCUUCCUCUCCACGUUCUGCUGCUCGAUGCUCUAUGUUAUACUGGGGACCUCGCAUCAUAUCUCAGUAGGCUCAUUCAGCAUCCUAAACCUGGUGGUGAAAAACAUUCUGAAGUCUUUUAAUUUCAACCAAACGCUGUCCUUUAAUGGUUCGGUGGACAAUUUCUCAGACCCUACCCUUACGAAAGGUUAUAUGGAGGCCUUGACUCUUACUGCAUCAGUAACGUUUUUGACUGGCAUCAUUCAGUUGCUGCUAGGCUGCUGCUGCCUGGGGUUUGUAACAAAAUACUUGCCGAAGACUCUCGUUGAUGCUUACCUCACUGCAGCAGCAUUGCACGUCAUUGUAUCCCAGUUCAUCUUUAUCUUUGGUGUCAUGUUUGACUACCAUAAGGGCCCCCGAGACAUUUUCUGUGAUAUAUUUCAUUACUUCCGGGCUCUCCCAAAGGCUAAUGCCACCAGCACAUUGCUGUUUUCGCUUAGCCUGCUCGUGCUAUGGAUCAGUAAAUGCAUCAGCAUAACUUAUAAACGUAGUCCAAUUGCAUUUCCUAUGGAACUUCUCUUGAUCAUCACAGGCACCAUUAUUUCCAAUCGCAUUCAUGUUUACGCUGAAUCCAGUAGUGCUGUGGUCAGUAAGGUUCCUCAGAGGCUUCUGCCUCCCACAAUGCCAGAUUUACCAAACCUGAGCAAGAUCAUAAUGCCUGCUUUCUCCCUUGCUAUUGUAAGCUGCUUCCUUCUUGUUUUUAUUGGAGAGAGGUAUGCUUCGCUUCACAACUACAGGAUUUCCAGCAGCCAGGAACUAAUAGCUGUGGGGCUAUGCAAUAUUUGCAGCUCAUUUUUCAAAAGCUUUGCUAUCAGCUGUGCUAUUUCUGGAACUGUCAUUCAAGAGAAGACAGGUGGAAGAACACAGUUAGCAGCAAUGAUUGGAGCAACUAUAAUGCUGGUGAUUGCGCUGAAACUAGGAUACUUCUUCCAGAUGAUUCCUAACGGUGUACUGGCUGCUAUUGUGGUAUUUAACAUGCUACCUUUUCUUCAAAAAUUUCUGGACAUCCCCACUCUGUGGAGACAGGAUAAGUAUCAUUUAGUUAUUUGGCUUGGAACUUUUGCUGCAGUGCUUCGUCUUGGUUUUGAUGUGGGAUUAGUGAUCGCCCUGGCACUUGCAUUCUUCAUAAUCAGCAUUAGGUCACACAGAAUGAAGAUGCUGGAGCUGGGACAGAUUCCAAACAUGAAUAUUUAUAGAAGUUUAUCCGUCUACAGAGCUGCAACGGAGAUUGAAGGUGUCAAAAUCUUCCAGUGCUGUUCUUCCAUUUCUUUUGCAAAUAUGAAUAACUUCAAAAACUACUUGUUACGCAAGAUGGACAUGAAAGCAGUGCCUCUAGAUCAAAGUGAAAUGAGGGCUUUCAUUUCAGAUUCUUCGUCCGACACUUCGUUGGAAAGCAGAGAUUUUAAAUGCUCUUGUGUCUGUGAUCAGCCUCUACCACCACCUAGGGUGCCAUAUACAGCGAAACUGGUGAAGCGAAGCCACGCAGGCAGCGCUUCCUCCUCGUCUUCAGUGAGUUUGGUACGCUGGUCCAAGAAUGGAGACAGAGGAGACAGACACAACUCGAAGACGCUCCUGGUGGGAACAGCUGACGCACAGCUUCCAUCCCUGGGCACUAACACAGGAGUUACGACUGAAAAGAAGGAGGAUGAAGGGAAAGGAGCCAACCUUUCGGCAGGCUCUGCAAUAGAUAAUUCCUCAGUACAGUUAGGUCAGGAGGAACAGUCGGUGCGUUUGCCGCGUCCAGUUCACACCAUUAUUUUAGACUUCAGCAUGGUGCAAUUUGUGGAUUUGCAAGGUUCAGACUUACUGAAAGAGAUCUGCCACAUGUUUCACGACGCUGGCAUUACAGUCUUUAUAGCUGGCUGUCACCCCUCUGUGAUUGCAGUGCUUGAGAAGAAUGAUUUCUUUGUCAGAGGUGUCACCAAAGGAAUGUUCUUUCUAACUCUUCACGAUGCCGUGCUGGCUGCUUUGGAGAAGCAUCAAAAGCCAGAUGGGCUACAGCUUAGGUCAAGAGAGGUUGCUGAUAAACUACAAGCUGAACACCAGAAGGAAAUAGAUUUGCUCUUGGAGAAGACCAGAGAGUUUUCCUCUACAAGGAAUUCUGACACCAGAUUUCUGCCUGAAGAGCCAUCAGAUGCCUCAUGCUCAGCCCAGAACGAAGCAGCGCCAAGCUCUCUCCGGCAGUUUGAUUCUCCAUCCUUUCAAUCAGAUUUUGAGGACCCAGGCUGGGAGAAGAGAUGGAAGUAGAUCAGCAAUCCCUGAAUUACAGGUGUUGGGGAACUGGGAUGUCAAUAGAAGGGAGAAAGGUACUGUCAAGCAACAGUUCUGGUGGUUCUUAUCAGCAUUUAAUGUUAUUUUUUUUUUCUUUUCUGUUCCAGAGUUCUUAAAAUAGACAGCCUGACUAAUGCCUACAGGAAUUCUGUUGUUCUAGACAAAAAGCAACAUUUAUAUUAUUGGUUUCAGGCAUUUUCAAAUAGGUAUGAUAUUCAGCAAUAGCAACAGCAGAGAAAUUUCAGUGUACAAGAUAAUUCCUAAUUUUGUAGCGAAUUCUAGCAAAUGAUAGGCCCUUCUUUCCUGAAAUUCUUUAGAAAUUAGUUUAAAUGCCCCAACGUAGCACUUUUUAUAUAUUUAUUGAUUAUUAGUAAGUAAAACUCAUCUGCCAUGUCUUGACAGAUUACGUGCAGGCAGUUUCAUUAUCUUCAGAAGUGUGCAGAAGCGUGAUGUGAAGCUUCAAAGAAAAGCAUUUUGUCAUUACUGUUAGACAAAUUGCUGAGGUUGAUAUUGUCUGCACUAACAUAACAUGAUGCCAGUCCUUUCAGCAAUUUUCCCUCCAUCUGUCUUAUCUACCUGAACUAAAUCCCAGUAAGCAGUAAUUUAUUUUUUCAUGUUCUUCGCAUGAAAUGCAAAGUUGUUCUUUACUGAAAUAGUGAAGAAUGGAGGAAUGUAUUCAUUUUGUUCGGAAGAGCCAGGAAAAUUGUAAACUAAGGCACAGUAAACACUUGGGGGAAAAAAAAAAUCAGCUUACUUCUAUUUUCUGUACAUCAGCCGUAGAUUUUAACACGGUAUUAUCAGUACAGGGGUAUGGUCUAGGAUUACACUGAAAGCAGAAACAUUUACCUACAGCAGCAAUGCAUGCCACCAGCUUCUGCCAUACCCUCAGCUGGAGGAUCAUUUCAUGGCACAGAUUGCCCACUGCGAAGAGCGAAAUUAAUUAACUGCAUUAAUGAAAUUAUUUAGUGAAAUGAAUUGUAGAUGAGUGGCCAGCACUGUGUCUAUGUACUAUUCAGCCCCCAUUUCGGUGCAAAGUUUGGGUGUAAAUGAUGGGUCCUUUAUAUACAGGCCUAUGCUCUGGGCUACAUUCCAAAACAUUUUUAACAGCUCUAACUUCGCUGCUGGGCAUCGCGUGGUUUCUUGAUGUAGAGUAAUAGCACAGUGGCUCCUCUGAAUUCUGCUCCUGGCUGCUAAAUUUUAGCAAUGAUACGAUGGCUAAUGGGAAUGUUAAUAUUAAACCACCUGUAAUGAA